AUGACAAUGCCUAUAUUGCUAGCAUUGCUGAUUUCUCUCUUGGCAUCUGAUAGAUCCCAUGCCCAGACAAGCUCAACUAUAGUCAAAUCAUCGUCAUCCCUGACUUAUUUAGUGGACACUACAGGGUCAAUGUAUGAUGAUCUCCAGCAGUUAAAAUUGGUGAAUGAUUGGCUUCUUGAUAGCAUAACAGCACGAUUCCCAUAUGGAGUACGGCAGUAUACAAUGGUUGAGUUCAAUGACCCAACAUUUGGCCCAGUAAGGAAAACAAGCUCAAUAGAUGAGUUUAAAGCUUUUUUCAAUAAUCUCUAUGCCUACGAUGGAGGCGACUGCCCAGAAUUAGCAAUGAAUGGGCUCAAAUUGGCUUUAGAGAAUUCCCCACCUGGAUCUUUCAUUCUAGUGCUCACAGAUGCAUCUUCUAAAGAUUACACUAAUACUGCCCUUCUCAACAACAUACGUUCACUUAUAAAUGCCAAACAGUCACAGGUUGUCUUUUUAAUAACUGGGCUUUGUGCAGGUUUAAAUGACCCAGCGUUCCUCAUUUAUAGAGAUAUUGCUUCUCUGAGUUAUGGUCAUGUCUUUCAAAUUGGCCUCUCAGAUCUGGGCAAGGUUUUUAAUUAUCUGGACUUCACUUUAUCAAGACCUGAUAACAGUACAGUAAAAGUUUUUUACCAAUACUAUAAUGGCAUAAAUCAUUGCGAUAACUUUACAGUAACACAUAAUUUCACAACCUUACUGGUGAUCACCGAUGGACCAAUUACUUCAAUAAGAAUUCUGGGACCUGGCUCGAGAGAUCCAAAUCCCAAGACAAUUGUGUCUGAAAUCUGGGGUUCAUUGUAUGAAAUGAACAAACCUGCACAAGGAGCAUGGACAUUAUGUAUUACUUCAAGCAGUCCUCAUGCCAUUCAGGUGGAGGGAUUAACAGUUACCAACACAUCAGUAACUGAACACUGCUCAGACUGUCACCCAAAUGCUAAAUGUGACGUGUAUUCUGACUUCUACCAAUGUACCUGUGAUGAAGGAUAUGUUGGAGAUGGCUUCUCAUGCUCCGAUAUUGAUGAAUGCGCCUAUUCCUGGUUAUACAACUGUUCUUAUGGAUAUUGUGAAAAUACUAAUGGCUCCUAUGACUGUGUGUGUCCUGCUGGCUACACAAAAGGAGCAGGAAAUAAUUGUGUUGACAUUAAUGAGUGUUCUAGCCCAGACCUAAAUAAAUGCCAUUCCUCAGCAACUUGCAUUAAUUAUGUAGGAACUUACACAUGUCAGUGUCCACCUGGAGUCUAUGGUGAUGGAAAAAACUGUGAAAUUGAUCCAUGCACUAGAGGAGUGUGUGGCAAUAAUAAUGAAUGCACGACAGAUGGCAGGUCCUACUCUUGUUCUGAUCCAUGUGUCAGUCACACUGUUCUUGAUGAACCCUGGAGAAGCACGGCCAAUGCACAAUCUGUAGAUUUCAAAUGUGACACUGACAAAAUGGGCUGGUAUCGUUUCAAUGGAAGUGGAGGAAUACGCAUGCCGGAAACCUGUGUCGCACCUGGCAGUUGUAACACCAAUGCCCCUAUGUGGUUAAAUGGAUCACAUCCCACUCCAACUGAUGGUAUUGUCAAUCUCAAAAUCUGUGCCCACUGGUCUGGAGAUUGCUGCUUGUGGUCAACAACUAUACAGGUCAAGACUUGUCCUGGUGGAUACCAUCUUUAUAAACUGAAUAGAACCCCAGCCUGCUCCUUAGCAUAUUGCACAGAUCCCACUUCACUCAAUGAUGACUGCUUAUGCACAGAUGAUGAACAAUGCAGAUUUGUGUCUGGAUCCUAUGGGUGCUACUGCAAGGACAAUCGGACUAUAUCUGCUUUCACCGACUUAAAACCAACCGUGAGCUGUGGAUUGAAAAACAUGAUCACGUCUUUCCGCAAAUGUGAGCUGAGGGCUCUAAAAAUUGAUGUCAAGAAUAUAGUGGUUACAAACAGCGAUUGCUUCAAUGUUUCUAAUAAUAAUACUACCAACACAUAUUCGGUUCUGGCCCCUCUGCAAGAAGGAAAAUGUGGGAUGAAGUUGACUGUAAGUGAUGCUCACACUGUGUAUUGUUUCAUGGGGUACUCACGAUUGCCAUUUCUGUUUCAGACAAAUACAACCCACGCCUCUUAUGUAAACAGUUUUGAAUUUAUCAUUGUACUUCCUGGUAACGUUGUUAGAGAUAAGCUGAUAACGACUUCAACUUGUGUUUACCCACUUGAUAUGAGACAUAGCCUUUUUACUGCCCUGAAUCCAAUUAUCAGCACUGUAAAUCUUUACAUUUCUGACACUGGAGAGUUUAAGGCUUACAUGGGCAUUUACAAGAACGACGACUAUAAAAAUCCAUACGAAGGAACCCAAGUUGACAUAUACACCAAAACUGUGAUAUAUAUUGGAGUGUUCCUUGAUGGGCCGGAUACAUCUCAGUAUGCUAUGGUACUGAAAAACUGCUAUGCUACUCCAUCAAGCAAUGCAGAUGAUUCCACAAAGUAUUAUAUCAUCCAAAACAGCUGUCCAAGCGUAAUUGAUGACACCGUCAAUGUAGCAGAGAAUGGCUUAUCUAGCCAAGCACGGUUCUCUUUUCAAAUGUUUGCAUUUCUCGGAGAUGUUAGCCAAGUCUACCUGCACUGUGAGAUCUAUGUGUGUGACAAUAAGGCCACAACGUGCUUGCCUCGACAACUGGGAGGAAGGCAUUCAAAAAGAGGCUGUGAUCUUAUAAAUGAGGAUAUGCUUGAUCUAGAUAAAAGCAGUAAAAAGGAGAAAUCCCUCAACACUCGGCUAUCAAUUCAGCUCCUUCUCCUACUCCUAAACCCUCAUCUGCAGCUAAUGGUAAAACUAGCUUAUUCAGCUCCUUCUCCUAUUCCUAAACCAUCAUCUGCAGCUCAUGCCAAGAAGUAUUUCUGCAAUGGAUGGGAACCAGUAUGGGUACAUGCUUUGCACCCCAAUAUGCCAACCACUUCAUGGCAAAACAAGAAGAAGAUUUCCUCUCCACCUGCAACACCAAGCCUUUGA